CGUGUAUAAAGACCUAUUUAUUUAUAUUACCUUAGAUAAAUUAUUACUUUAUUUCUCUAAAGACGAAAUACAGGGAAACGUUAAUCUGACAGCGAUGGUGACAUGACAUGCGCCAUGGAAAAUAGGACAUAGCAAUGGCUUAAAGAAGAAGAAAAGAACGUCGUGCGUAACAACUACUACUACUACUACCUCGGUUUAAUUCUGAUGCUCGGUGCAUUUUGCUAUGUUACUUUUCGCAUGCCCCAGAACCGUUCAUCGUUAUUAGCAUGUAACGUUUUCAAUUGCUUACGACACGUGAAAAGCAUACGCGGACAAAUGUUGUGUUUGAGUUCGCAAUUCAAAUGUCACCGAAGCAACAGAGAACCCGUUCUCGAUUCAAGGUGAUAACUCCAAUUCGAUCACUGGUUCUCUGCGGCGAAAGUAGACGAGAAAUGGAAGAGUGGUUGAACACAUUGAGGACAGUCACAAAAAAUCGUAGCCACGCAGAUUCCGGAAUCGCCGAAAUGCUUAGCGGUGAUCAUCAAUGGUAUGCAACGAGUCAUGCGAGACCAACGUACUGUAACGUCUGCAGGGAUGCCCUGUAUGGUGUUACUUCCCAUGGUUUGAGUUGCGAGAUAUGUAAAUAUAAAGUUCAUAAACGAUGUAGCAUAAAAGCAAUAAAUAAUUGCAAAUGGACCACAUUGGCAUCUAUUGGCAAGGACAUUAUUGAGGACCAAGAUGGGAACAUUACAAUGCCUCAUCAAUGGAUGGAAGGCAAUUUACCAGUAUCCUCAAAAUGUUCUGUAUGUGAAAAGACUUGUGGCUCUGUGCUCAGGUAUAAUAUUACAUCGUGGAAAACAUCAAUGAAAGAACAUAAAAUAUAUAUUUAUGUAUUUGAAUCAUUCAGGCUUCAAGACUGGAGAUGUUUAUGGUGUAGAGCUACAGUGCACACAGCAUGUAGACCUGCCAUGAGUGUUAAGUGUCCACUAGGGCCAGCUAAAUUGAGUGUAGUUCCUCCUACAGCAUUGCAUAGUAUAGGUAGCGACGAAGCUUGGGAAGCUACUAGACCCAUUGGUUGCAGUCCACUUUUAGUAUUUGUAAAUAGUAAAUCUGGUGACAAUCAAGGUAUCAAAUUUCUUAGAAGAUUUAAACAAUUAUUAAAUCCAGCACAAGUAUUUGAUCUUAUAAAAGGAGGACCUGGACCAGGGUUGAGAUUAUUUCGUCACUUUGAUCCAUUUCGUAUUUUGGUAUGCAGUGGAGAUGGAUCUGUCGGUUGGGUUCUCUCCGAAAUCGAUCGGUUAGGAAUGCAUAUGAAGCAGUGUCAAGUUGGAGUCUUACCAUUGGGAACGGGAAAUGAUUUGGCGCGUGUAUUGGGCUGGGGCUCCUCGUGCGAUGAUGAUGCUCAUCUGCCUCAGUUGUUGGAAAAGUACGAGAAAGCAGGCACAAGGAUGCUGGAUCGAUGGAGCAUUAUGACGUUCGAACGUAGCAUAUCUUUGGCAUGUCACAAAACUGACUUAAGUCGAUCCAAAACCACGUUAAAAUCCGACAUCGCCCACCAAUACGAAACUAACGUUAUUACUCAUAUAACAAACAUUUUACAGUCGGACGAGGAGGAUGUAGUUUUAUCUAGCAUUAGAAUUUUAUGUAGCACAAUAAAAGAUUUUGCAACGUAUAUAAUGGAAAAUAUAAACACAGAGGACCAACAAGUGAAAGAUAAAUGUAAAAUACUUCAGGAAAAGCUUGAUUUGUUUUUACAUAUAUUAUGUAAAGAGGAGGGAUAUCUGGGUGAGCAGAUAGAAAAUGACACUGAUAAUAUCGCUUUGAACACCGUUUUGCCUGAGAAUUGUGAAAAGGGAGUAUUAGAGAAACCAGAGAAGGAUAUAACAAAUUUGAAGAAGGUGGUGUUAAGGAGGAAGCAACUUAUAGAGAAGGAAAACGUUAUGUUGAGAGCAAACAGUUUGAAGAAAACGGUGAGGAGACUCGUGGAAUAUUCUCAGAUAGUUCUGGACGAGCAGAUCGGUGUAAAUACGAAGCAUGCCACUAAAGUGGCGACUACCAAUAUUUCGUUAGAUGACAGUACGGUAAUCAGUUCAGUAUCAAAUGAAAAGGAACAAUUAGAUAUUCCCGGUUUAAAAGUGGACCACGUUGAUAGUAAUUUAUCUAUAGGAGCACUAAUAGAGUCCGCGAAAAGUACGGAUAAUUCGACGUGCACCAGUCCUACCCCAAACGUAGCAUCGUUGAGCCCGAUACCUGAUAUCAGGAGGGACUCUCAGCCCGAAGAAUUAUUAACGUUACCUGCUCCCGACGGUUUUGCUGACAGCAGGCGGAACAGUGAAAAUUUACCACAAGUUUCAAUGGACUUUGAGGAAUCUCAACCUGCGCUUACAGAUGAACAAGAACAAGAAGAACAAGAAGUGGAAACGCCUGUAAAUGAUUCUAAUAACGCGGACAUGUCCUCGGAUUUUCAAGUCAGCGUUACGAGAACUACCUUCGAGACUAGUUCACCCUCCGAGGAUGGAACUACGCAAGAUAUCUCCUCGGAUAUGGAUUCGAUUCAGUCACCGGUGCACGAGUCAAGACUUGAGAAUAAACCAAAAGCCGAAGGAUCAAAGUCAUACACAGGUGGCGAUACGUUUGAUUCGGAGAUCAGACAUAUCGAUUCACCCGACAAUUCAGAAAUGGUCACCAGUGAGAUACAAAACUCCGAGAGUUUAAUGGGACAAGAUCUGACCAGCACGAUGAACGGAGAUGAAUACGAUUCCGUGAGAGAGUAUAUGGAAAACGAAUUGGAAAGUACUGAUGUCACUAAUGAGAUUGCUAGACGUUCGUAUAAGAGGUCAACCAAAAAUUAUUCAACCGCAGAACUGGAGAAUAAAAUGAAAUACAAAACGGUAUCGCAUGGACAGAACUCGAACGAUGCUAAGAAAUGUAAGGAAUCUCAAGAAGGCAAAGCAUCUGAUUUAUUAAGUCCUGUAUGCUGCUUCACUGUUUCUUCGGACGCUACUCCGACAAACGAAAAGCCUAAUAAUUUUCCACCUACGAUAAGUGUUAUAAUUAAUCCUCCCAGUCCGUCGAUGUCGAUCGAGAGCAAACACGAUUCAGACGCGGAAUAUAAAAUGAGUCCUUUUUUAAGACGACACAUUAAUGACAGCAUGGAAAGGUUAAGCGUUGAACUACCGGAAUCGGGUUUCUCGCCGCAAGCGACUCGUCGGAUAAGCAGCGGAAGUUUGCUGAAAGCAUCGGAGAUCGUGUCUCUAGCUGCUACAGCCGCGAAGUUCGGUGGUUCCAACGUGAGUUUGCGUCACGAGAAAUCCAAGUCCAUCGACAAAACGGAGGAUGUUAAGAAACUUCCGAUCAUAAAUCCUUUGGUUCAGCUGCCAAUGUGGCCGGAUGUUAGCGGAGGAGCAGGGUUCAUUAGUCAAGCACUGCUCGCGAACGCGGAUGCGCUCUGCGCUGCAGUAUCGCCGUUAAUGGAUCCUGAUGAAACAUUAAUGGAAGGCUAUUUCGAACGCUGCGUUAUGAACAAUUAUUUCGGGAUUGGAAUAGAUGCAAAAAUUAGCCUUGACUUUCAUCAUAAGAGGGAGGAGCACCCAGAGAAAUGUCGAUCGCGAGCGAAGAAUUAUAUGUGGUACGGUGUACUGGGAUCGAAACAGUGGCUACAGAAAACAUACAAGAAUCUCGAACAACGAGUGCAGUUGGAAUGCGACGGUCAACGAAUACCAUUACCGUCUUUGCAAGGAAUCGUUGUCCUGAACAUUCCAAGUUUUAUGGGUGGUACGAAUUUCUGGGGAGGCACGAAGGAAGGAGAUCUGUUUUUAGCACCCUCGUUCGAUGACCGGAUAUUGGAAGUCGUAGCUGUGUUCGGUUCCGUACAAAUGGCCGCAUCGCGACUUAUUAAUUUACAACAUCAUAGAAUCGCGCAAUGCCAAACGGUGCAAAUUAACAUCUUGGGCGAGGAAGGGGUGCCUAUACAAGUCGACGGCGAGGCUUGGGUCCAACCGCCUGGAAUUAUACGUAUUAUACACAAGAAUCGCAUGCAGAUGCUUUAUAGAAACAGGGCACUCGAAACAUCGUUGAGAACAUGGGAGGAGAAACAACGCAAUACGUCGAACGCAAUAUCUCAAUCAUCAUCUACUUUAAGCAAUACGCAGUUGCAAUCGCAGACUAAGUCUCUACAAGCGUAUAGUAAGCCGGCGCAUCUGAACGACGAAGAGAUGUAUAUUUUGCUAGGAUUUAUCGAAAUGGUUACUACCUUGGUCAAAUGGGUCAAACUCCUUAUUAUAUCCCAUCCGAGUUUGGAGCCAGAUUUAUACCAAGUCGCUGCGCGAACGGCGGAGGCGCUUGAACAGGUUCAUCCGGACGGAAAAAUUUUGCAGGGAACUAAUUUAAGACCAAUGGUGACCGAGUUGGUGUCGAGUGCAAGACAGCUCUACGAAGACUCGUGCGAACUGCUUCGAGAGAAGGCGCAUAAUUUAAAAUUACGCGAGGACUUGGAAACCAAGUUGUCGUUCGCUUUGGCCAGUAUGGAACAGGAAUUGAAGAAGUGUACCUUCGAUGAAGGAGGCACGGGAUUGGUGUACUUUCAGAAUGCACCGUCCGAGGAGCAGGGAGACAAAAAGAAUCGUCAUAGAGGUUUGUUCUGGUUAAAGUUCCGGCGUUCAGGAGGUACCUGCGGGGUGCAUCCGGCCCGGGAGCAGGUGACGAUGUGGGGCGUGCAGGAGGUUUGCACCUGGCUGGAGAGCCUGCAGCUGGGCGAGUACACCGAACAGUUUGUCUCGCACGAUGUACGAGGUAGGGAACUGUUAUCACUAGCCCGUAGAGAUCUCAAGGAGCUCGGUAUUACUAAGGUAGGACAUGUUAAACGAAUCUUACAAGCUAUCAAUGACUUGAAUAAUUAGGUAUACGAUGCUUAUUUAAACGUUUCAAAGUAUAAAGUAUACAAUCAUUAAACGAGUAGUAUGUUAUAAUAAUGAUAUACAGUUGAUUACCAGGACAUAUUCAAAUAUACAUUGGAUUCUAUUAAAAACGUAGACGUUUAAAUCUACACAUAGAUCAUUUGAAAGAGUAGAGAAGAGAUUCGAUAAUUCUUAUAAUUAAAAAUCUCGUGCAAUGAUAGAACGCACGUGACACGACUGUUCUAAUAAAUGGGCGGCACUCAUGUGUCACAGCAGUGUUAUAGAAGAAAUAAUUUCUAAACUGCUGUGCAAUAAUGCUUGUGCCAAAGUGUGGAACUGAUCUUACACAAGAAAAAACAAGCACAGUUUUCUGUCUUUCAAAGAACACGAGUACGUUGCAAUUAUAAAAUUUUCCGCAGCACUGCUGGACACAGCAUUUAUUAAGCAAACUUCAGUACGAAAUUUAAUUCAAUUAUAAUUUAAGUUAAAUCAGUUCCUUUGUAUGUUGUACAAAAGUCAAAGACUAAUGAUCACGUUUCAUAAUGUAAAUUAUGUAUAUAAUUUUAGAGAUACGCGUUGUGUUGGCCUUUUUUACCUUUUUUUAUAUAUCUACGUCUAUUAUGAUUUAAAGUUUCAUCAUAUUAAGUUCACUUGCAACAGUAUUAAUAUUAUAUUUAAAAGAUAUAUUCUAAAUUUAGAUGUAAAAUAAGUGUCACCCGUUAUUGCCUAAUUUGUAUAAGUGUAUUCUAUUUACGGCUUAAUAGUUUCGCUCUCGUUUUAGUUUCACCGGAAACUGAAAUGUGCAAAGAAACAGAAACACGUGUAUGUAUUACUUACCUGAUGAUUUCAUAAAAUGAUUUGUUCGAUGUUUUUCGAUGAAUUUCGAACACCUUCAGAAUUUCUUGAAGUGAUCCGCAUAAUUUUCUUUCGAUGUAUUCAGGUAUCAAUCUGUACACGAACACAUCUACCCGUGCACAAUCAAAAAUACAUUGUACAUAAUAUAAAAAUGACACACUGUGUACAUAUAAGUGCUCUACAAUUUUUUUAAACUCGUUAUUUAGUACUUACACUGUUUGAUCAUGUUUAAAUUUCUAAACAAGACGAAGAACUCUCUAUAUUCAUAAAAACAUUUUUAUGAUAACGGAACAUAAUUAAAUGAAAGUGAGAUUUAAUUUCUAAAAUACGAUUAAAACGAGGACGAGUCGCGAACGUUGACGAUGAGGAAAUACGUGUGUGAAACACCCGCUGAUGGCAAUAAAAAUAUCAUGUACAAAUGUAAUAAGGAAACAAACGCAGUAACAAAUUUCUAAAUAAUAACUUCAACGUUACGAUGCUAAAAAGCGAAAAACCAAAAAAAGGAGAAGUUAUCCCGAAAAAGGUUAGCGCGCGAUUGACAAUUAAAAUUUGCGAAGUACUUAAGACCCUUUUGAUUAUAACAUUUAACAUUCAAAAAUAAUCUCUUAUAAAUAAGCUUGUGAAGCUAAUAAUACUGUAGUUACUAUUAUAACUAUUACCGUUAUUCUAGUACAUAAGUAUGAUUUUAAACUUACAAACGUAAAAUAAGAGGAAACCAAACGUUAUGUGUCAAAAACCUAUUCGAACUGCCUGUAGUCAAAUUGUUGGGAGACGCGUAACAGUCUCUUGACAAGGACAAGACUGCAAAUGUUUAUGCAUUUGUGAGAAAUUUUAUCCUGGAAAAAAGUGAAUGCAAAGAUGUUCGAAUUUGCAGUAAAUCUCGUUGUCUCUUUAAUCAUUUCUUCCUUAACUCUGCAUGUGAUCUUCUGUGCGAUCGAGCUCUUGUUUAAAUACAAUAUAGGUUAAGUUUGCAUAAACAUACGCAGUCUAUUUAUUAUUUCGCAUGCUCAGCCUCAAUCUUAUAGAUGAAAAUGAUAGAAGAUCAACUGUAAUAAAAGAAUACUAAUUUCUUUUAGACUGACACAAUAUGUAUAAAUUAUUUUUACGUAGCUCGUCAUUUUAUUGAAGAAACUCAGUAAAUUAGUUAGGGGUAGAGCAUGCAUCGACGAUGUCUUAGGAGUCCCAGUUUCGAAUUUAUUUCUUUAACAUGUACAGAUAUCCGGUCCUCUGCGUGUUGUAAUAUUUAAUUGGAGAAACGUGUAUUUAGAUUACAAAUUUCUGUGUGUACAAAACGUGUGCUUUACUGCACGCGUGGCUGCGUGUCUUAAACACGUCUGUGUGAAAUUCGUUGAUCCACGGUGAAUUAAUCCAUUUAAUGAACGGUAUAUCAUCACGUUAGAUCGUUACAGUAUACCGUGUUACACAGUUAUUAAUUUCUGCUGCCAGACAUUACGCAGUGUAUAUUAAUGAUUCUAUAUCUUGCGAUUGAUCUCAAUGUUCUUAUACUUCACUUUUUCUAGUCCAAUAUUUUUAUUAUAUAAAGAGUAUUGAAUUACUAUACGUGUUCAUAUUUUCACACGGAUACUUCAAAUUCCUUUCGUUACAUUAAUUUAAAUGUAAUAAUUUAAUGGGAAGAAUGUAAGUCAGUUGGAGAAUUUUAACGCACAUCCUAACGAAAAGAAACAUAACAUAUUUCGAUCCAUCGAUUCGAUAACUUAUUAAAGAAGGAGUUACAGUUAAACUGCUCUUCGGUAAUAUAUUGAAAGAAACCUUUUGGAGGUACUCUGACUUGACCUAAAACAGUUUGUUCGUUACACCCUUGCCUUCUCAAGUAAUACUUAAAUGCUCAAUCUAUGAAUAAAUUAAUUUUUUCAUAAUGAUAUAAAUUUUCAUUCCAAACGAGGACAGAAGUGCCUACCUAGAUUUUCUAAUCUUGAAACGUUUACAAGCAGCGUUUAAUUGACUGGCGGUCAUGUUAUAAUUAGACUGCGGAUGUUUAUGAUGCAAUCACAACAUUUGCUGUAAAAGAAGCAAUACGAUUGAAGAAUGAUACAUUGUUCAAUCUAUCAUACAUUGUUCAAUCACUUGUCCACAGAAUAUGCAAAGAGAGUAUAUUAUACAGGGUAAAAUAUCGACUUUCCAGUUUUUCUAAUAAUAAAAUGAUCAUUUCAAUUGUACACUUUAUUCUGUUUUAUAUCACAAUAUGUUUUACACAUAAAUAUCUCCGCAGUAUAAUCGUAACAAAUUACAUUCUGCAUUCCAAAUUUUACGUUAAAUAAUCAUCGAUGGUACUGGAUCAUAGAAAUGAUUUUCAUGCGUUGUCUAUCAAAUACUGUACGCAGCAGUUACAAUAAGUUAUAUUCGUCAGUAUUAUAAUAACAUUAAGGUGUUAAUUUGAUGAUUGAAUAUUUAAGAUUACUGAAAAUCUCUAGCCAGAAAAUAGUAAGCUAAUAAUAACGACGCACGUAUGUUACACGAUAUAUAAAUAUCGAUAAACCACCGUUCAAAAGCAUAGUUCGAAAUCUUAUUAAACUAAAGACACAGCGUAGAGAUAUUCUGUUAGAAUAGUACCAAGGGAAUCUUAUAUUUUCGACUAAAUACGUUUAAAUAACAGUUGAAAGUUGACUUAAAAAGAGAUAGAUCUGCAACGCAUCGCUAUGUGUAUUAUUUGGCUCAGUUAAAUUUAAAUUGUAGAAUUGGAUAGGAUAAAAACCCAUUGUACGCGAAGAACGUAAUUCAUAAUCUUUCCCUUUUUCGAUAUAAGGUUGUAAGGAUCCUAAUAAACUUCUAAACUGUGAUAAAUAACAGACACAUUUUAGUAGCGAACGUAUUAACACGCUAUUAGUAGUAUUUCGAUAACUAUUAUUGUAUUUCGUUAAGAAACGUGUUUCAUUUCGAAAUUAAAAACGUGUUUAUCACUCUUGCUUCCUUUACUUAAGAUACGAUAUAAUGUAUACGUCUAUCCUCCAGAUCUGAUUUGUUCAAUGAUUUGCAGGAUGCGUGCGUAAUAAUAAAAAUUCGGCUAAUUAUGUAUGUUAUAUUAAUGUCAUAUAAUUAUGAAGUGUACCAAAUAUUUAAAUAAAGAAUUUCUUCUUUGAGGGCUAAAUCAA